AUGAGUAGGAAACAAGAUGUGUUUUUAAUAUGCUUUUCAUUGGUGAGCCCAGCGUCCUUUGAGAACGUCCGUGCAAAGUGGUACCCCGAGGUGCGACACCACUGCCCCAACACACCCAUCAUCCUGGUGGGCACCAAACUGGACCUGCGGGAUGAUAAGGACACCAUAGAGCGGCUGCGGGACAAGAAGCUGUCGCCCAUCACAUACCCGCAGGGUCUGGCCAUGGCCCGAGAGAUCGGGUCUGUGAAGUAUCUGGAGUGCUCUGCUCUGACUCAGCGUGGGCUAAAGACUGUGUUUGACGAAGCCAUCCGUGCCGUCCUCUGCCCUCCACCCGUCAAAAAACGCGGCAAGCGCUGCACUCUCUUCUGAGCGCACACAGAUUUUUAAUCAGCCUCUUGGAAAAUAUACUGUACUACUCUCGGAGGUUCAGUGACAGCCGUCCAUGAAGCUCUAAUGCACAUCACAUAUAUAUGAACCAUUGGUAGAGGGAAACCUCGCGCCCCGAGACGUAAUAUUCCAUUUCAUAUCAUUUAUCUGAGAAGUUUUAGUGGUACAGUGUAAUUGUUGACAUACUGUAAGUGUUGUAAAGGAAGCGUGUCAAAGACAUGGGAACGUUCUGUUGGUUUAGACACUCUUGUACAAAGCUAUCCGUUCGCAGUAUUAGUUCACGACCCAUGAGCGAGUCAAACAGGAUAUUCAACGAGAAAGAAAUGUAGCAAAUGUUUGGAUCGUGAAAAGAGAAGCUGGUCAUGGAAGGGUUAAAAAUCAAGUUCAGUUUUGUGCCCAGCUAACAAAACAAAUUUGUUCUAAGAAUGUUUUGCUACACAAGUUAUGAAAACAU